AACAAUUUCUACUGGCGUCAUCGUGGUGCAGGUUAUGUGCUUCUGCUGUAUGGGUUGGUGUGCUCAUUUGGAGCGCUGGCAAAUCUGCUCGUGUUGAUUGCAUUUCUUCGCACAUCACAUCUCAGGAAUUUACGCAAUUACUUCAUCGCAAAUUUGGCCGUCUCCGACCUGCUGAUGUGCAUCGUUACCGCACCUGUGACACUUUACUUGACACUCAACCUGUUUUGGCCGUUCGGUAAUUUCGCUUGCCAAACGAAUGCUGCAGCGAGGGAAGUGUCAUGCUUCCUUGGAAUUCCGCGCUCAACGAACACUUCGUACGAGCAAUCUCGAUACAGAGUGCUCAUUUCGAAGCGACUUGCUGCAACAGCACCGAUCAUAUGUUACUGUAUUGUUUGGUUACUAUCACUUUUUGUUGCGGCUCCCUAUUUCUUCGCUGUAAUCGCUGAGGAUGUGGAUAUGUUUGAGCCGUGGAACCAACCGCAUAUCGGAACAAUGUUAGCCGUAUGUCACCGACGUCGUCCCCAAAUCUGUCUUGAGAAAACAUGGCAUCGAUUACCGUUUUCAAGACGUACCUAUACACUUACCGUACUCGCAAUACAAUACCUUCUGCCGUUAACAGCACUCGCAUUCGGUUACUCGCAAAUCGGUUCAACGAUUCGACGUCGAGUCAAGGCAAGCACUACAGUUGAUCAACAACGAAGACACAUCAUGAUGCAACGAAACAGAAAAGCUCUAUUACUUCUUCUUCUGCUUGUGUUGAUCUAUGCGAUUGCGUGGUUCCCAAUGAAUGCCUACAAUGUCCUCAACGUUCUCGAUGUGAUCGAAUUCUCUCAGUAUAGGUACAUUUUUUGCCAUUUGGUUGGAAUGACAUCGGCAUGCAUGAAUCCGAUCAUGUACGGUCUCUUGAACGACAGUUUUCGAUCAGCAUUCGUCUCUAUUUUGCGGCCCUUUCUGCGGCCUUGCACAAAGUACACAACGGUCGCUGCUCCACCAUCUCAUACGUAUACAUUCUCGCUGAUGGGUGCGCAAACAAUGAAACCACAAAUAGAAGAAUUUCGGAAAACGAUAGCCUCUCAGAAAGAUGCAGAUGAGCGAACGACAUUGCGCACCUCAAAACGAAGCGAUAAAUCGAAGCAGGAAGGCGUACAAGUGUAA